GCAGUGUGACGAAUUAUGACUAAAAUGUCUUUGCCUGUUCUUGCCAUUGUGUUGGUCUUCCUCGGAGCUUCACAAGCAGCCACCACUUUAGAAUGGCCUUCUAAUCUUGUGGCUCUCAGCUCGUCCAAGUCAUCGCAACUUGUGCCUGUUGCAGGCCAAGAUUCAGGGGAGUUGUCUGAUAGUAGUACUUCUAGUGCCGUCGGUUCUGUUGAAGCCGAGGAAGAGGACCUUAACCAAUCCCCUUCUAAUAACAGUGAUGCCGCCGAUGAAACUGAAACUGUUUUGCCUGGCUUAGUCUCAGCAGUACCGGUCUCUGUACCCCUGCCCCUCAUUGUGGCUGCACGAUCGGGCUUACGUACAGUACUGACAAUCCAAGAGCCAACGGUAGCCAAAGUGGGAGAAGUAGUUCAACAUAUCCCUACUGCUAUUUCCCAUCAAAGUCAAACUGUAGUUCACGAUCAUCGUCGUCUAGUCACACCGAUUGUUGCCCCGGCAUUGCGAACCACCCAAGUAGUUCGUCAACGUGCGCCGUUGAUAUGGACUGUUGCUUCUUCCGAUCCCCGCGUGCUUUUGCUACACAACUAAUAGGCAAUUGGCAAACGACAAAAACAACAAGCAUUUUAAACCAAAGACAAAAGUUUGAAAAAUUGUACGCUUCUUUUUAGGAGCUCCUCUUACUCUUUUAGCUAACCCACAAAACUAUCAACCUCUCUUUUCUUCCCUGCCAUUUUAUAUUAUUAUGUAUUUGAAAUAAACAAUUCGCAUUUGUAAA